UUAUAAAAACCCAACCAUACGACUUUCUUCUUCAACUUUUCCUUCAAAACUCAAAUCUUUUGUCGGUCAUGGCGCUUAAUCUUCUAACUUCAGUUCUCCUUAUCAUAAUCACUUCGCUAGUUUUCCUUCUCAUCACCAGUCAAAGGAGCUCCAAAACAAAGGGUUCAUCAUCAUCGUAUCCUUCCAGUAAUGUAAUUCUUCCAAAAUGCUACCCAAUAGUGGGCUCCUUUUUCUCUUUUCAAGCCAACAAAAACCAAUUACUCCAGUGGGUAACUAAAAUUCUGCAAAAUAUCCCUUCUGCAACAUUUACCUUGCAUAGGUUAGGAGGCCAGGUCUCUAUCUUCACAGCCAAUCCAGCCAAUGUCCAGCAUAUCCUCAAAACCAACUUUAAGAAUUACCCAAAAGGCGCUGGAUUCGGAACAACUCUCUCCGACUUUCUAGGUCACGGUAUUUUCAAUAUUGACGGCGAACAAUGGAAAUUUCAAAGACAGAUUUCAAGUCACGAGUUCAAUACCAAAACCCUCCGAAAAUUUGUCGAAACCGUCGUUGAAACUGAACUCUCCGAUCGCCUUAUUCCCAUUCUUGAAAAGGCGGCUGCCGAUAAACAAGUGCUAGAUUUUCAAGAUGUUCUUCAACGAUUUGCUUUUGAUAAUAUAUGCAGGAUCGCUUUUGGGUACGAUCCUGAAUAUCUGUUGCCAUCUUUUCCCAAAGCCAAGUUCGCUCAAGCUUUUGACGAGUGUGUUAAAAUAAGCAGCGAAAGAUUUCAAGCGCCUUUACCCAUAAUCUGGAAGGCUAAACGGCUUCUCAAUAUUGGCUCCGAAAGGCGUCUAAAACUUGCAAUUUCUGAAGUAAAAGAAUUUUCAAAGAACAUCAUAAAAGAAAAAAAACAAAACCCAGAUGAGUCCAUGGAUCUUUUGACACGAUUCUUAAGCGCAGGCAAAUAUGACGAUGACUUUGUCACUGAUAUAGUCAUCAGCUUCACACUCGCCGGACGAGACACAACAUCUGCUGCUUUGACGUGGUUCUUCAUGCUGAUCUCAAAACAUCCUGAAGCCGAAAAAGAAAUUCUCAACGAAAUCAAAGAAAAAUCAGACACGCCAGUAUAUGAGGACAUAAAAGAUAUGGUGUACACGCACGCAUCACUCUGCGAGAGCAUGAGAUUCUACCCACCGGUACCUGUAGACUCCAAAGUAGCGGAGAACGACGACGUAUUGCCAGACGGGACAAUUGUGAAGAAAGGCAUGCGAGUGGCGUAUCAUCCAUACGCAAUGGGGAGAAUGGAGAAGCUGUGGGGAAAAGAUUGGAGCGAGUUCAAGCCAGAGAGGUGGUUGAAGAGGGAAGAAGAUGGCAGUUGGAGCUUUGUUGGAAGGGAUUCGUACAAAUAUCCUGUGUUUCAAGCAGGGCCGAGGAUAUGUUUAGGGAAGGAGAUGGCGUUUUUGCAGAUGAAGAGAGUAGUAAGUGGGGUGUUGAAGAGGUUCAAGGUGGUGCCGGUGAUACAGGAGACUGUUGAGCCAGAGUUUGUGGCCCAUUUGACGGCCAAGAUGAAAGGUGGGUUUCCGGUCAGGAUUGAGGAGAGGAAUGACUUCAAACUAUAAGGACCAUGUACUAACGGACAAAUGUCGUAUGUGUAUGGCAUAUUGUAUUAAUAAUUUAAAAUUAAAAUUUCUCUGUAUGUUUUCUAUAAAUAAUAAUGAAAUAAUAUAUUAUUAGUUAUUA